CUCAGCAACACCGAUUGAGACGUCGAGAUCCGCUGACAGGAGGCCGCAGCGAGUCACAGGGUCAUGGGAGACCUGCGCAAAGUAAGCAGCCCCGAUGCCCACCCAUAUCGAGUGGACCACGAUGCAGAGCAACAAGAAGCUGCCACGAACAUGGAGAGGCGACACACGUGCCUGCAACGGCGCAUGAGUUUGUGUCUCUUUGCCCUGCUGGUGGUUCUCCUCGCGUCCGCAAUUGCGGUGCCCGUCACGUUUGUGACAAUGAGGACAUUUGCAGCAAGCGGAAGCGGCAACGCAGACACCGGGACGGGCAGAAACCAACACAACACCAACAUCUCCGUGCUCCAGGAACAGACAGCGUGCCAGGACUUGAUUCAAGGGUGCUUCCUCUCCGGUGAAGGCGAUGGCCAGGCCGUGACGUUCCGUGAAGCUCUCGAUUGUGUGCGCGCAACGGAGCACCACUCCACGGCUGCCCUCAGACAACUGGAGGAAUGCAUGUUGGAUUGCCAAGGCCAAGCAUGGGACGGGACACAAGAUGCACAAGCACCACCGUCUGUCGUUGAGCGCUGGAGACACAAAUGCAGCCACCAGCACAACGAUGUCGACGAUGUCAACGACGAGCACCACCGUCACCACCUCUGCCAUCACAACAACAACUACUACUACUACUACUACAACUACAACUACAACAACUACAACUACAACUACAACAACUACAACUACAACUACAACAACAACAACAACAACUACAACUACAACUACAACAACAACAACAACAACUACAACUACAACUACAACAACAACAACUACAACUACAACAACAACAACAACAACAACAACAACAACAACAACAACAACAACAACAACUACAACAACAACAACAACUACUACUACAACAACAACAACAACAACAACUACUACUACUACUACCACUACUACUACUACUACUACUACUACUACUACUACUACUACUACUACUACUACUACUACUACUACUACUACUACUACUACUACUACUACUACUACUACUACUACUACUACUACUACUACUACUACUACUACUACUACUACUACUACUACUACUACUACUACAACAACAACUACUACAACAACUACAACAACUACAACUACAACAACAACAACGCCAUCACCAGUCAUAUUCUAUCCCUUGAACAACCCGUCCCCCUCGCCUACCCAGCCGAUGACAAGCAGCUUCUGUGGAUGCGUGGUGGCGCUGUUGCCUGGCAAAUCGUGCCAGAGCUGAUGAUUGAACCUGACACAGCGUAUUACGUGUCGCUUGCAGCAGGCUACCGCCUUGACUUUGCCUUCCCUCAGCAAUUUGGUGUCAGUCUGACCAAUGGACACGCCAAUGUCACCAUCGUCUCUCACCAGUACAAUGCCUCAAGCAUCGGCCUUGCACCAGGGGCCUUCACUGCUCUUUCCCUCUGGUUCACAACAGCUGGCACUGCUCACAGCAACUUGUAUGGCGAAGAACUACAGAUUCGCGUGUGGUCCAAUGGCGAUUCGGAGUCGCAAAUCAACUUCGACAACUUUGCUGUUGUCAGCGUCGCUGAUGCGCCGAACACGAUUGUUGCCAACCCCAGCUUUGAGCACGACGACCUUGCCGCACGCGGCGUGCAGUGGUCUUCUUUUGCGCACGGCUGGGACGUUGUUGGCUCAGCCGGUACACUUCGCCCCAAUGCAACCACCUUCAAUGUCACCGGAGUCAAUGUUGCCAUGCCGCCGCCUGCUCUUGGAACGCAAGCGCUGUUCGUCGCAUCUGCCAACGCAAGCGCCAGUCAGAUCCUUGAUGCGCCACCGAUAGGGCCUGCCAGCACGUACGAGCUGUGCUAUGCAGUCGGCAAGCGGCUCGAUCGAGCAUUUCCGUCGUCGGCCGUGGCUCAGCUUCGCGCGUGGCCAUCGGGCCUCGUCCUUGCCACCGCUUCCACCCUGCAGUCAGAUGUCCCCAGUGGCGCCUUCAUGUGGGAGUGCUUGGCGUACCAGGCGUCUGAAGCAGACGCGACGGCUCGGGGCGAGCUGCUGCAGCUUGUGCUCUUCACACAAGGCGGGGAUAGCGUUGCCCAGGCCGUGUUUGACAACAUCCGUGUCAGCACUGAGGCCGGGAGUGAGCCUGCGUACACCACCGCCAUGCCGACCUCAACAAGCACAACGCAUACUGAUGGCACGUGCACAUGGCAGUAUGUUGAGAACAACUCGUUUGAGGCAGAUGACGCGUCCACAGCGAGCAACAACUUCUACCUUUAUGCCUUCGGCUGGACAGUGACGGGAACUGCUGGCACUUUUCUUCCUCCUCCCACCGCAUUCGACGACAGCUUGCCGGAUGGCACCCUUGUUGCACCUGGAGAUGGCACGCAGGUCCUCUUCAUCAAGCCAGAUGCAAGGGUGGCUCAAACCCUCACCUCAUUCGUCAUGGCUGGCAACAGCAACUACACGUUCCAGUUUGCUGUGUUGUGGCGCAAUGACCGCUCCAUUUCGUUCCCAGACAGCGUCACAUUUUCCGUCACCUCCAGCACAUCGCAACAGCUCGUUCGAAGCAGCACGGCCACGAAAGAAGAACUUGGUAUCCUGCCUGGUCAACAGGUCGAGAUGGAGGUCACGCGUAUGUGGGUGAGAGCAUGA